AAUAUUUGUCCCAUUCUUUAUCUCGUUGUCUAAUAUGUGAAUCAUUUUUUAGAUACAAAUAACGACACUAUCGGUGUCAAUAUCUCUGUCGGCAUAUGUGGCCCUAUUCUGUCUGUUUUCGCCCAAAAUCUAUAUAAUCAUCUUUCAUCCCGACAAAAAUGUCAGGAAACUGACCAUGAAUUCGGCCACUUAUAAGAAGGCGCCCACCACUAGCACCACAUGUCCCACCACUUCUGCCAAUCACGGUGGCACAUCUGUAGAGCACGUAAAGCUGACGGUCGCGGGACUGGACCGGGAAAAGGGCGACAAAGUGGGUGUCCAUCAACACCAGCAUCUCCUCCAACAACACCAUCACAUCCAACCACCCGUUCUCGAAGAGGAGGCCAAAGAAGACAGCUUAGCCUCCCUAUAGUUUCUGUGCCGUCACUACAUCCGGACGUCUACUUCUUUGCCACACAUAUGAACUACAAAAUUGAUUAUUCAAUCCAUAUUUAGUGAACAAAAAUAUUACAACAAAAACCACAUAAAAAUAUUUGACUAAC